GCGUCCGCUUCUGACGCUUUGCAGGAGGUCGCGAGGCGGCUGCGCGGAGGGUCGGAGGACGGGAGCGGCGGCGACGGCGAGGACGGGGACACCGUGAAGCAGCGGUUCUCGCGGAUGCCGCACAUGUUCUGCAAGACGCUCACGGCCUCCGACACCAGCACGCACGGCGGCUUCUCCGUGCCGCGCCGCGCCGCCGAGGACUGCUUCCCGCCUCUGGAUUACAGCCAGCAGCGGCCGUCGCAGGAGCUUGUCGCCAAGGAUUUGCACGGAACAGAGUGGAGGUUCCGCCACAUCUAUCGAGGCCAGCCCCGCAGGCACCUUUUAACCACUGGAUGGAGUGCAUUUGUCAACAAGAAGAAGCUAGUCUCAGGGGAUGCCGUACUAUUUCUGCGGGGAGAUGAUGGGGAGCUGAGACUUGGAGUGCGCCGUGCAGCUCAGCUUAAAAAUGGAUCUGCUUUUCCAGCGCUUUAUAAUCAGUGUUCAAAUCUUGGUUCUCUAGCCAAUGUAGCACAUGCUGUUGCCACGAAAAGUGUGUUUCACAUCUACUAUAACCCCAGAUUAAGUCAAUCUGAAUUCAUUAUACCAUACUCGAAGUUCAUGAAGAGCUUCAGCCAACCAUUUUCUGCUGGGUUGAGGUUCAAAAUGAGAUAUGAGAGUGAUGACGCUACGGAAAGAAGAUACACUGGGAUCAUAGCAGGAAUUAGCGAAGCUGACCCUAUGUGGCGUGGUUCAAAGUGGAAAUGUUUGAUGGUUAGAUGGGAUGAUGAUGUAGAUUUCCGUCGACCAAACAGGAUUUCUCCUUGGGAGAUCGAGCUGACUAGCUCAGUUUCAGGAUCCCAUCUGUCUGCACCAAAUGCGAAGAGGCUGAAACCAUGUCUUCCCCAUGUCAAUCCAGACUACCUAGUUCCAAAUGGAAGUGGUCGUCCUGAUUUUGCGGAAUCUGCCCAAUUCCACAAGGUCUUGCAAGGUCAAGAAUUAUUGGGUUAUAGAACUCAUGACAAUGCUGCUGUUGCUACUUCUCAGCCAUGUGAAGCAAGGAAUAUGCAGUACAUUGAUGAGCGUAGUUGCUCCAAUGAUGCGAGUAACAGUAUCCCGGGGGUUCCAAGACUUGGUGUCAGAACACCACUAGGAAGCCCUGGGUUUUCCUACCAUUGCUCAGGCUUUGGGGAGUCUCAAAGAUUCCAAAAGGUCUUGCAAGGUCAAGAAGUAUUUCGUCCGUACCGAGGAAGUCUAGUUGACGCGUGUUUGAGAAAUAAUGCCUUCCAUCCACAAGACGGUUCUCAUGCGCCUAGUGCGGUGAAUAAAUGGCAUACACAACUUCAUGGAUGUGCUUUUCGGGGGCCACAAGCACCAAUGCUUCCAUCUCAAUCCUCAUCUCCACCAUCUGUCCUUAUGUUUCAACGAGGUAAUUCGAAGAUAUCCCGGUUUGAAUUUGGGCAUGGUUCCUUGGAUAAAAAUGAGGAUGAUAGACCUGCUAUGUUUGGCCAUGAUGGAGGUAUUGGAGGAACUGAGCAAUCAUUGAUGCUCCAGCCUCAUCAUGAUUCUGGGGAAGUGAGAAAUAGGCAUGUGACAGUUGAGAAAUUUCACUCCACUGUUGCUGCCAGGAAGGAUGGGCCAGAUAACAGGGAAGUUAACACAAAUAGUUGCAAAAUAUUUGGCAUAUCUUUGACUGAGAAGGUUCCAGCAAACAAAGAAAAGGACUCUGGUGAUGUCAAUUAUCCAUCCCCAUUCCUGUCUUUGAAGCAACAAGUGCCAAAAUCACUGGGCAACAGUUGUGCAACUGUUCAUGAGCAAAGGCCUGUUGUUGGCAGGGUGAUUGAUGUUUCAACCAUGGACAUGAUGAUCUGAUCUGUUAGGCAAAUUAUCCAGGAGGGACUUUUCUGUCGUGUAGUGUGGAUAGUUUCAGGUUGAUGAUUGGGUCUGAUGAAAGAUGGAUGGACAGAGGAUGCUGAUCAAACUUGUACCGUAGUUGUAGUGUUAGAGCACUUUGUAUGACAACCUUCAGUGCUCCAUGUUAUCAGCAUUUGUUGCUGCUCUAAACUUGCCUGUAUGUUUAUAAGCUGUAUGCUGUGACAAAGCCAUCUAUGGAGGGCUUGUUGGCAUUAGCAUCGUUCUAGACUAAGUAAUAUGAGAACAUAAUUUGCUUAGGGCUGCUUUGCACCUCUGUCCCA